AUGCCUCCCCAGGUCCCUCGAUACACCAGCAGAGGCUGGUCACGAGCACGAACUCGUAGUCAACCUCGCGAGGAACGACUCCGCAACCCAGCUUACUUGAUUGUCGAGGAGGCAAAGCCAGGCGAACGCCCAAGAGUCACUCGCUACUCUCCAGGGAGGGCAAUCAUUUCCCCCAAUUAUGACUUUUAUAACGGUGAUAGGAGGAAUCGGUAUCGAAGCAACAGUCGCCCACAACUCGAAUUGGAGCCCUGGAACAGGCUUGAUACCCUCAGAUCCCCGGAAGGCGUUAUAACCAAGGAAGCUAUCUAUAAGUGGGCUAACAAAGCUCAUCCAAAUGGAUCCGGAUGGGAAGCUUUGUCCCAUAGUCAGAAAAAAGAGCACCCUCCCAGUCACCAUGAUGAAAAAGCAGGAAGUCGGGGAAAGGACUCUACCUGGCGAAACCACCGCAAAGACGAUCAAAAAAAGGAAUCCAGUUGGAAGGACAGUGACAAAGGUGAAAACAAUGCCAAACAGCCCAGGGGUUCAACACACAGCCCCAAGAAAAAUGCGUCAAUCAAGGACAACAACUCAGGCUGGAGCAAAGCUAGCAAGAAAGUGACCAGUCAACAAGGAGGAAAUAGGGACAAAAACAAUGACAAAGGCUCCAACGUUAGUGAUUGGGGCAACCCAGAUAACGGAAGUCGGCAUGGCGGCAAAGACAGAAACUCCAAGAGCGGCCAUGACAACAAAAAGACUGAAGGGGCAAAUGACCCUGACACCUGGGUGAGCACAAAUUCAAGUGUAAAUGGAGGUACUGGAAUUGACCGCCACAGGCAUGAUGAGCAUGACUGUAAAUACCGCUCACACAAUGAGAGCAUGGGCGCAUCGCAGAAUGAUCAACUUGCUAGCGAAAAGGGAUCUUUGAAUGCAAGGAAUUCCAAAGGUUUCAGUAAAGACUCCAAGGAUGGCAGCCCCGAGAGUCACCCUGCUAACAACAAUGAGCCUUGGUAG